AUGAAGCACUGGAAGACUGGAUUUCUUUUCGAUCAGGAGGCGGCUGAAUCUCAAGAAGCUGUCUUCAAAUGUCCUGACUAUGGCAAAUGGUCGAGGCAAUUCCACGCUCCUUUCUCAAAUGGCAUCCACAAUCUCUCCUCCAUGAGACCCAUCCCGGCCUGCCGCACCUUCAACAGCUCAGUCGUAGAAGACGCCAUCGAGAAGACCGGAGAAGCGAUUGAGGACCCUGAUCUCAAGAAGCUCUUCGAGAAUGCCUUUCCGAAUACUCUCGACACAACAGUCGCCUGGAGAGGACGUUCGAUGAACAACUCCGAAGAGGAGCUCGCUUUCAUCAUCACCGGAGACAUCGACGCGAUGUGGUUGAGGGACUCGGCGAAUCAGCUCCAAUCAUAUGCUCCGCUCUUGACGGCCUCGAACUCGAACGACUCUUUGGCCUCGCUGUUUCGAGGCGCCAUCAAUCUUCAGGCCCGAUAUUUGCGAACCUCUCCGUACUGCAACGCCUUCCAGGCACCUCCAGAGUCAGGCAGGGAACGAAGGCACAAUGGUGCGUAUGGCGGAUAUAAGGUCCACCCGGAGUACAGCUGGGAUUUUGUCUUCGAGUGCAAGUACGAGCUGGACUCUUUGGCUGCAUUCCUUCAACUCUCACAUACUUACUACGACAAGACUGGCGAUGCCGACUUCUUUGGCAAAUUCGGCUGGGUGAAGGCUAUCGAGUCAGUCAUGGCAGUUGCACAGAACAUGACCAAUCAGUCGACAUACCACCCCAACGGCACGCAGUGGGACGCUUCCUACAUGUUCUCGAGAAUUAUCAAUCACGGCUAUGGCAAUCCAGUGGCCGCAAAUACUGGGCUCAUUCGCUCUUUCUUCCGGCCAUCGGACGAUCCAGUUCUUUUUCAGCUUUUUAUACCUGCCAACAUGCAAUUCUCGCAUUUCCUACGUCUCAACGCCGACAUCAUGUACAAGCUCCUAGACCAAGCGCCACUAGCCGACAGGAUGAAGGAGAUGGCGGCCGGUGUCCGAGCAGCCAUUGAAGAACAUGGCAUUGUCCAUACCAAGCAGCAUGGCGAUGUCUAUGCUUUUGAGGUGGACGGCUAUGGUGGCGUAAAUCUCAUGGAUGAUGCUAACUCGCCAUCUUUGCUAUCAUCUGCAUUCUUUGGAUAUCUUGAUCCAGGCGAUAAGACCUAUCAGAACACUCGAAAGAGAGCGCUUAGUACUUACAAUCCGUACUGGAUGCAUGGCUCAGCCAUAAGCGCCGUUGGAGGACCGCAUAAUGGACAGGAGAUGGCGUGGCCGAUGGCUUCCAUCAUCCGCAUCCUCACCACGAACGACUCGGACGAGAUUCUGCAGCAACUGCGACAGCUCAUCAGCAGCACCGACCAGCUUGGCCUCAUGCACGAAAGUGUUCGAAGUCAUAACGCCUCGCAAUGGUCACGAAGCUGGUUCUCCUGGGCGAACGGACUAUUCGGUCAAUGCAUCCUCGACUUACAAGCGCGCAAGCCCGAGAUUUUGAAGAUGAGCUUCCAGCAGAACUUCACCGGCACCUUCGAUGACGUGGGUGUGAUAGAACCUGUCGAACAGAGCCGACCGGAAGAAGACGAGCCCGCUCAUCCUUCAAGCGAGGCAGAAGAACAAACUGCUGGACAUUCGAGCCAUCCACUCACUAGUGGCAACUGGUCUGACAUGAAUUGGUUUUGGUCGAUGACAGGCCUCUUGGCAGUUGGCACCGCCAUGAUCUUAGCCUCAUUUCGAUCGAGAAAGAUGCGAACUCGAAUGAGCGGGGGUAAGUCCGACCAGGACGCAAUCACAGAGUCUCUGGUAACAGGGUGA